AUGAAUCCGUGGCCGCCAUGUUUGCUCUUGGUCUUGCAACCUUUGUUGGCCCAACCCAUCGAGAGUCUUUACGAGUUUUAUGACAUCCCGAACUGUAGCCAGCUGGGGGUAUGGAAUCACGAGGCACCAGUGCUGGCGGGCUCUCUUGGCUUCUACGGCACCUUUGGUGAUGGAGUGCCUGGACCCUUAAGUCGUUUUCGCCUGCCACGAGCGGUGGCACUUGACGAGAUGCAACAGAGGCUUUAUAUUUCGGACGCUGCGAAUCACGCAGUUCGCCUCUUGAGCCUCUCCUUCGACAACAACUUGACCACCUUGAUGGGAUCUCUAGGCGUUCCUGGAUUUGCAGAUGGAUUUGCUUCUGAAGCGUUGUUACGCGAACCGAAUGGUUUGGCGCUCGAUCAAAGUCGACAAGAGCUUUAUGUAGCCGACCAAGGGAACCAUGCCAUACGAGUUAUCGAUUUGAGCUCCGGGCGCAUCACUACUGUCGCUGGUGGACCAGAGGAUGGAAAUAGCAGUCUCAGAUAUCCAGCAGGAUUAGCACUGGUGGAAUCUCAGAGGCUUUUGUACAUCUCGGGAAAUCACCAGAUCCAAGUGUUGGAUUUAGAGUCCGGCAACUUGUCCUUGCCAGCUCCAGAGGCAAGUUUUCAAAGUCCAGCAGGUUUGGUAUAUAACGAAGCACUGAAUUUCCUCUACGUGUCUGAUUCUGGAAGUCAUGCUGUCUAUAGCUUGAACCUGACAGCAGAGUCUCCCAUGCCGAUGGUGGUGGCUGGGCGACCUGGUCACCCUGGAGGUCCUGGGGAUGGUUCGACUUUUAUCAGUCGAAGCUACGAGGGAAAACUGAACAGACCUGAUGGCCUCGCAUUGGAUGCGAUUGGACAACGACUUUUCAUUGGUGACUCCACCAAAGCCAUUCGAAUUGUCGAUCUCAUCACUGAAAACAUGACCUUGGCAGCUGUCAGAACUAGUUUUCAACAUGAGUCUGGACACCUGGGGCCUAUUGGUUUGGCACUGGGCAAUACGACUGUGCCCGGCUUCAAAGUCGAGUCUAUUUGGCACAACCCGUUGAUUGGUGGACCUCCGACCUUUGGAAAUUACUUCUAUUUUCAAUCUUCCAAGGGCUAUGCCAGUCCAAAGACUGCGACCGGCGUCUUGCGGAGCCGACACUAUCGCAAGGGUGUGCUGCUCUGGGUCGGCUACAUUCAGUUCUUUGGGGAACGGUAUGGAAUUGGUCCAACACGCCAGUCCUCACCGGAGCUGGAUAAUGCUGGCAUCAGGUACCCACCUCCUGUCUCAGCAGAGGGUCAGUUCCAGAUUGACGACAUCAUUUUGGUGCCUGAACUUCUAGACCCCGGCGAAGAAGCGAGGCAGAUGCUGUACAUGGCGGAGGUGCAUCAGUGUUUCGUAAUUUUCUGA